AUGGUCGCCGCCAAGAACCUCAGCCUCGCCGCUCUCUUGUGGGUUGGCCUCGCCAGCCGCGGGCUCGCCCUGGAAAUCGACCAGGGCACCAACGACCUCACCCUGGUCCAGAGAUCCGAGGCCGAGUCUCUCGAUGCCCGCGCCGUCGAAGAAGCCUCCAUCCUCGACACUCGCACUAUGAGCAUCCAGGUCGUGCCCAACCCCCCGUCUUCCCACGCCGGCAAGCGAGAGGCCGAGGAGGUUGAAGAGCGAGAUGAGGAGGAACUCGAUGAGCGCGAUGUCGACGAACUGGACGAGCGUGACAUUGAGGAACUCGACGAGCGCGAUAUAGACGAACUAGAGGAGCGAGAUGACGACGAGCUCGACGAGCGGGAUCUCGAGGAUGAGCUUGACGAGCGUGACUUUGAGGACGAGCUUGACGAGCGUGACUUAGAGGAGCUGGAGACUCGCGGAGCGAAGAGCGGUCACCGCAAUGGCGCUGGUGUUCACAUCAACCGUCCAGGUCCUCGCGAUAUCUACGAGGAGCUCGACGAGCGUGACUUUGAUGAGCUUGACGAGCGUGAUCUCAAUGAGCUUUACGAGCGGUAUUUCGAGGAGCUGGAGACUCGUGGAGCAAAGGGUGGCCACCGCAAUAGCGCUGGUAUUCGCAUCAACCGUCCUGGCCCCCGUGAUAUCUACGAAGAGCUGGAGGUUCGCGGAGCAAAGGGUGGCCACCGUAAUAGUGCGGGUGUUCACGUCAACCGUCCCGGCCCUCGUUCCAUUGAGACCCGAGGCAAGGGUGGUCAUCGCAAUGGCGCUGGUGUUCACAUCAACCGUCCUGGUCCUCGUUCCAUCGAGACUCGGGGAAAAGGGGGUCGUCGCAAUAGCGCUGGUGUCCACGUCAACCGUCCUGGUCCUCGUUCUGUCGAGGAAGAGGUCGAUCUCGAGACCCGCCUAAACCGAGCUGUUCCACUGUCCAAGGCCCCCAAGACUCCCUUCAGCAAAAACAAAUACUGGUCAAUCAGCCGCGCUUGGAAGGACUUCACCAAGGUGCCCCAGAAGGCCUGA